AUGCGGCUGCGGCGUAUGACGCCGGGGGCUGGGUACGCGCGGCGGUGCGCCAGGAGCGCGGUGUCCGGAGGCAGGCCUCGAGGCUUAAACACACAGCCCACGGGCGAGCAGGCAGCGAGCCAGGGAGUCAGGACCAGGCAGCGAGGACAGAUGCAAUCGGUGCGGCAAACGGUGCUAUUCGAGUCGGAGGAGGCGUGGCGGGCCGGGGCGGAGCAGAACGCCACGGCCAUCACGGUGCACGCGCGGGGCGGCGAGGUGGUGCAGACGCGGCGGACGUGGGCCGCGGCGGGUGGGCCGCGGGUGCGGGUGACGUGGAGCGGCGGGCGCACGGUGAGCGAGGUGUCGCCGCAGCUGGCGGCGGGGCUGAGUGUGUACGUGGAGGGCGGGGCGCAUGUGUCACGUGACUUUGUGCAGGCGCGUGGGCAGGCGGUGUUUCACAGCGCGCAGCUGGAGCUUGACGCGGUGCGGGCGUGGUGGCCGCGGGAGCUGGCGGUGCAGCCAGAGGCGCUGCGGUGGGCGGAGUGCGCCUACGACAUCGAGCUGGGGCGCCAGGUGCGCGUGGACGAGUACUGCGCCCUGCGCGCGGGGGAGACUGUGGCGCUGACUGCGGCGGCCGGGGGCACGGACGAGGCGAAGGUCGAGACGGGCGUGUUCUACCCGGAGAUCUCCGACGGCGCGGACGUGAGUCUGUCGGGCUUUCGCUGCACCUGGCUGCGCGACGGGUCCGGACGCACAGAUACAUGCCAGAAGACGCUGCUAAUGUACAAGCCUGCGCACGUGCAUAUGCCCGAACCGGCCGUUGGCAUCGAGCUGGUGCAGCCGGUGACGCUCCACCCUGUGAUAGAGGUGGAUCUGUCGUCCGUCAGCGCCUCGGGGCCUGCGUGUGCGCAUCACGUCUUUCUGCAGCUUCCUGCACAGCUGUUUGUGGACAAGUUCCAGCAGCCGCCCGAGCUUCUGUUCGGGGAGGACGAUCUGGAGCUACCCGAGUACAAGGUGGAGGCGUGGGGCUCCGAGGUUAUCUACGCGCUCGAGCCGGGCCGGGUGAACCGCGUGCAGCUCCACUCGCGGUACGCGCGCCCGGGGCCUGGCAGGCGCUACGAGGUGGUCCCUUUGCGGCCAUAUGUCUUCGAAGCGUGUGACACAGGCUCGGCGGACAUAGCGGAGAACCCUUUCUACUCCAAGGGCAUGGGGUUCGAGGCAUACUUUACGGCGGACACUGUCUUCAAGCACCGCAACAGCACCAGACUUAACAUUCCGGUUCCGCGGGGGAACAGCAACGACUUUCCGUCUAUUCAAUACGUCACUGUGCUGAGCAUUCUUUUUUCUGUGCUCUAUAUCUCCUACUGUCUGUUCAGAAGGCCUGUCGCGGCUAGCGCCAGGGCGAGUGGAUAA